CCAAACGGGGAACCAGAGUGAGCAAGGGGCAGCAAGCCUAGGUUCUCUUCUGACUUUGUUUCUUUUGCUUUUCCCUUCGGUGAGCCUGGAGCUCCGCUCCCCCACAGACCACGUCCUCCAACCAUGGAAGGCGCUGGAAAGCCCAACUCCUCAUCCAGCAGCCGGGACGACGGCAACACCGUCUUCCCGGUGAAAGCUCCAGCCUCGGGGGCUGGCGCUUCGGGGGCAACGGCUGAGAAGAACCUGGGCAGCCCCGCGGGGGGCGGAGGCGGCAGCACCAAGGAGCAUGGCAACUCCGUGUGCUUCAAGGUGGACGGGGGCAGCGGUGGCGGCGCGGGCGCCGGCGGCGGCGAGGAGCCUGUGGUGGGCUUUGAAGAUGCCGAGGGACCCCGGCGGCAGUACGGCUUCAUGCAAAGGCAAUUCACCUCCAUGCUGCAGCCGGGCGUCAACAAAUUCUCCCUCCGCAUGUUCGGCAGCCAGAAGGCAGUGGAGAAGGAGCAGGAAAGGGUUAAAACUGCAGGUUUCUGGAUUAUCCACCCUUAUAGUGAUUUCAGGUUUUACUGGGAUUUAAUAAUGCUUAUAAUGAUGGUUGGAAAUCUUGUCAUCAUACCGGUUGGCAUCACAUUCUUUACAGAGCAAACGACAACUCCAUGGAUUAUUUUCAAUGUGGCGUCAGACACUGUUUUCCUGUUGGACUUGAUAAUGAAUUUUAGGACUGGGACUGUUAAUGAAGACAGUUCUGAAAUCAUCCUGGACCCUAAAGUUAUCAAGAUGAAUUAUUUAAAAAGUUGGUUUGUUGUUGACUUCAUCUCAUCAAUACCAGUGGAUUAUAUCUUUCUCAUAGUUGAAAAAGGGAUGGAUUCAGAAGUUUACAAGACAGCCAGAGCCCUUCGAAUUGUGAGAUUUACAAAAAUUCUGAGUCUCUUACGUUUACUUCGACUUUCAAGGUUAAUUAGAUAUAUACAUCAGUGGGAAGAGAUUUUCCAUAUGACGUAUGAUCUAGCCAGUGCGGUGGUGAGGAUAUUUAACCUCAUUGGAAUGAUGCUUCUCCUUUGCCAUUGGGAUGGCUGUCUUCAGUUCUUAGUACCUUUACUACAAGACUUCCCCUCAGAUUGCUGGGUGUCUCUAAAUAAGAUGGUUAAUGAUUCCUGGGGAAAGCAGUACUCGUAUGCACUCUUCAAAGCUAUGAGUCACAUGCUAUGCAUUGGUUAUGGAGCCCAAGCACCAGUCAGCAUGUCUGAUCUUUGGAUUACCAUGUUGAGUAUGAUUGUAGGGGCCACCUGUUAUGCCAUGUUUGUCGGCCAUGCCACUGCAUUAAUACAAUCUCUGGAUUCCUCCCGAAGACAAUAUCAAGAGAAGUAUAAGCAAGUGGAACAAUACAUGUCAUUCCACAAGUUACCAGCUGAUAUGCGCCAGAAAAUUCAUGACUACUAUGAACACAGGUACCAGGGCAAAAUCUUUGAUGAAGAAAACAUCCUCAGUGAGCUUAAUGAUCCUCUGAGAGAAGAGAUAGUCAACUUCAACUGUAGAAAGUUAGUGGCCACCAUGCCACUUUUUGCUAAUGCUGAUCCUAAUUUUGUGACUGCAAUGCUGAGCAAACUACGAUUUGAAGUAUUUCAGCCUGGAGAUUAUAUCAUUCGAGAAGGAGCUGUGGGCAAAAAAAUGUACUUCAUCCAGCAUGGUGUUGCUGGUGUCAUCACUAAAUCCAGUAAGGAAAUGAAGCUGACGGAUGGCUCUUACUUUGGAGAAAUUUGCCUUUUGACAAAAGGCCGCCGCACAGCCAGUGUCCGAGCUGAUACUUACUGCCGCCUCUAUUCACUGUCUGUGGACAAUUUCAAUGAGGUUUUGGAGGAGUAUCCCAUGAUGAGGAGAGCCUUUGAAACAGUAGCGAUUGACCGACUAGAUCGAAUAGGAAAGAAGAAUUCAAUUCUUCUGCAGAAGUUCCAGAAGGAUCUGAAUACUGGUGUUUUCAAUAAUCAGGAGAAUGAGAUCCUGAAACAGAUCGUAAAGCAUGACAGGGAAAUGGUUCAAGCUAUUGCUCCAAUGAAUUUUCCCCAAAUGCCAACCUUGAAUUCCAGCACUUCCACCACAACUCCAUCCUCCCGAAUGAGAACACAAUCUCCUCCCGUUUACACAGCAACCAGCCUGUCUCAUAGCAACCUUCAUUCCCCAAGUCCCAGCACUCAGACCCCACAACAAGCUGUCAUCCUGUCACCUUGUUCUUAUACCACAGCAGUCUGCAGCCCUCCAGUACAGAGCCCCCUGGCAGCUCGAACUUUUCAAUAUGCCUCCCCAACGACUUCCCAACUGUCACUGAUGCAGCAGCAGCCACCUCCACCACAGCCACCACCCCAGCAGCCCCAACCACAGCAGCCACAGCCACCACCUCAACCUCUGCAGCAACAGCAGCCACAGACACCUACCAUCUCUUCCCAGAAAAAUGAGGUGCACAGGAGUACCCAGGCUCUUCACAACACCAACUUGACCAGAGAAGUCAGACCCCUAUCAGCCUCUCAGCCUUCGCUGCCUCAUGAGAUCUCCACUCUGAUUUCCAGACCUCAUCCCACAGUAGGAGAGUCUCUAGCUUCAAUCCCACAGCCUGUCUCUGCUGUCCAUGGUACAGGCAUUCAGGCAGGCCCCAGGGGCAGUGUUCCUCAGAGAGUCACCCUCUUUCGACAGAUGUCUUCUGGAGCAAUCCCUCCCCACCGAGGAGCUGUCCCAACCCCACCACCAGCAACAGCUACACUACAGAGAGAUUCCUCCACUGUCUUAAGUACAGACCCAGAAGGAGACAAACCACGAUUUGCUUCAAAUUUAUGAUCCUUGCUGAUUAUGACAGCAGAAAGUACUGUUAUAAACUGAGACUUUCCCCCAGAAACUAUUUUAAUCUAUGUCCUGAAUAGGUCCCUGUAGUCUACUCAGAAGAAAUAUUUUAGACAGCUCUACCCUACAUACAAAAUGUAAAUAUAUAUAUACAUAUAUACAUAAUAUACAUAUAUAUAUAUUUAAAGUUCCCCAAAGAAAGAAAUUUAAAAGACCUGUUUAGCAUUCAGUGUUAUGUCUUCUUUUCUUUAAAUCAUUAAAGGAGUCUAAAUUUUGUUGUAAGAUUAUUUAUUUUUAACCUUCAUUGACUCAAAAAUUACUUUGAAACAUGUAUUUCUCUACUUUAUGGAAAAUUUCUAGAUUGAAUGAAAAAAUCAAAUUACCAUGACCUUCAUAGAUGAAAAGACAAUGCUAACUCUGAUAAGAACUUUGUUUUUAAGAAGGUAAUUAUGAGUUAGUGAAUAGCAAUUAUUAUUUUUUCUUUUUUUCAAACUGCCAUUAAUUGCAAAAUUGCAAAAUUAAUUUCUCUGAAUUGGAAACAAUUAUUUAAUUAUGUAUUCAUUGACAGGUUCCAUUUUCUAGAUCAUACUGUGUUUUGGUGCUUUCCAUGCUGAAUUAGGUUGAAGAACACCAUCGGCUCAAAUCAUCUCCAGUAGAAGGACUAUCACAAUCAUUGCUCUGGAUGGUUCUAACUGCAAACAUGGUUAUUGAUCUUGUUUCUGCAAACUGAGUGAACUAUUUUCUCUGUACUGUGAUGUCAGAUAUUUAUGAAGAAAGACCCAAUGCUCAAUUAAUGUCAGUUUUAAUAACUUUUCUGACCCAAACAAAAUAAUAGUUGCAGUGUGGUAUGCUAUGACAGUUAUUGUUUUGAAAUUGAGUGUCAUCUCUUCACUUCAAAACUUAGUUUUAAAUUUUACCAAACCUAACUGUGACAAACAUUCAAAUGUAAUCUAACAGCUCGAAACAUAUACUGUUACUUUUACUUACAAUGUUUUUGAUGCAAAAGUAUAUGCUUGAUCCUGCAAAUUACUUGUAUUUCACUCAGACCAUCACUUUUCUUCUUCCUUGCCAUAAGCAAGUAUCUGAAAAUAUUCCCUGCAUGCUUUUUGAAAAAAAAAAAUAGGUUCAAUCAGUCAUUGUAGGGAAAAAAAACUUACAGUAUUUCUUGACUUUAUAAAACUAAACAUUCAUAAAUUGUGUCUACCUUUAAAUUCCUAUAAUGCUGGUUUGGAAUCUCUAACGUAAGUCUAGAAGUGAGUUUUUAUUUUUAUUAUUAUUUAAAAGGUCAUCUGUAAACACAGCUUGAUUUAGAGUUUCAAGUGCAUUCUGUGUCUUCACUGUAGUUGGUAGUUAACUGUGGUAUUAAUUUAAAAGAAAUAAAUAUAAUAUAGCAUCAAGUCUGUUUGGGAAUGCACAAUUUGCUCUGUGUAUAGUGAAACUAUGUGGAUAGUCAUUCUUAAAGCAUGUAAUGUACUACAUAACCCGUAGAUAGAAGGUUUAUUAUUUUAAGUGUCUCCAAUAGUUGGAAAAAGUGACAGAAAGCAGGGUUAAAGCUUUACUGUUGUAUGAAUGUUUCUUUCCUUUGCUCAGAUCUUCCCAUAAUCUUGUAAAUGGGUCUUUGUUCAAUUUCUUCACAAAAGAUGUUCCUAAAUAAUCAUUUGUGCCUACUUUCUCACAGUAAAUAAUGGAUGACUGGAACACAAUCUGAAGAGUCUUGGUAAUCAACUUUUGCAAAAACAAAACAAGUGUCCCAAUCAAUCCACCUUAAGAAAAUGUUCUCAAGUUUCUUCAAUGCUGAUAUAAACUCUGAAUGGAGAAGUUACACACUACCAUAUACCACACAUAGAAAUAUAUUACUGAAAGCCAAAAAAAAGUCCUAGAAUGGACAGAGUUUGACCUAUGGGGCAUGACAUG